AUCAUCGUCUUCGUCCUUGUUCAACAGGCAUUUCAAUCUCGAUAAAAUGGUACCACUGUCCAGCUGAAACCGGCGCCCUUUCGAGCGGAAUAAAAAUUAUCAGCAACAAGAAAAAGGGCCGGAAGGUGGACAUUCCCCCCUCUUUUUUUGUCAGUGCGUGGCGUUCGAGUGUGCAUGUGUCGCGUGAGUCAUCAUCAUCAUAAAACAGGUGUCGGUGGAACCCAGGUCGAAGCACACCAGCAAUAACAACCCCUCGCAGCGCGAAUAACCAGCAUCAGGCGCCGCCGCCGCCAACCCCCAUCCGAGCCUGCGUCACCGCCGCCGCAUGGGUGGAGGCGCCGCCGCGGCCGCCACCACCGAAACCAAGCAGCGCCCCGCAGUGCUGGAUAACCUCCAGCAAUCGCCGCCAUGCUGGAUAUCUUCCGGGGACUCAAGAACCUCAUCAAGGUCAGCCAUGUGCACAUCGACUCCACCGUGUUCCGCCUGCACUACUCCAUCACCGUCAUGAUGCUCCUCGCCUUCUCGCUCAUCGUGACGACGCGACAGUACGUGGGCAACCCCAUCGACUGCAUUCACAACAAGGACGUGCCCGAGGACGUGGUGAACACGUACUGUUGGAUCCAUUCCACGUACACAGUGCCGCUGGCCCAUGCGUCCGAGUACUCGCAGAUAGUCCCGUUCCCGGGCGUCACCCAGUCCAAGGGCCUGCCCAGAAAGUACGUCAAGUACUACCAGUGGGUCUGUUUCUGCCUCUUCUUCCAGGCGAUCAUGUGCUACAUUCCACGGUGGCUCUGGAAAAACUGGGAAGCAGGAAAGAUUCAGGCCCUGAUGAUGGACUUGGACGUCGGCAUUUGCUCCGAGGUGGAAAAGAAGCAGAAGAAGAAAUUGCUGCUUGACUAUUUGGCGGAAAAUGUCCGGCAUCACAACUGGUGGGCGUACCGCUAUUUUUUCUGCGAAUUCCUGGCUUUCUGCAACAUUAUCGGCGACGUCGUCAUUCUAGUCGACGGCGACGGGGAUGACGAUUUUCUUUCUUUCGUCUACUCUGUUUAG